AUGACUCUGCGCGAGUGGUACGCGAACCGCGAGGUGUUCCUAACCGGAGUGACCAGCAAUGUGGGAAGAACGCUCAUCGAGAAGAUCCUUUAUUCCUUCCCCGAGGCGAAGGUGUACGUUAUGCUGAGAUCCCGGAGCGGAUUCAAUAAAGAAGACAGGAUCAAGCAGAUUUUCCUGUCGCCUGGUUUCGAGAGGCUAAGGCAGAUAGACCCAAACGCGAUUUCUCGCGUGAAAGUGUUGGAGGGCAAUCUGCUGUACGAUGGGCUAGGAUUGAGCAAGGAGGACAAGAAUCUCUUGCAGAAUGUCAGCGUGGCGUUUCACGCGGCUGGUCCACACGACGGGAUGUUCGAGUUCUGCCAGGAGCUCCCGCGGCUCGAGGUAAUGGUCGCCAUCUCGUGUAUUUUUCGUCACAAGGGACGAAUCACCGAAUCGCUGCAAAACGAACGGGUACCGAACGGAUCGGUGGCGUUGGUGCGGGUUCCUCUCGUCGGGCCGUCCCUUCGCGAACCCAUGCCAGGCUUCGUCGACGUGCUCAAAGGACCGACGGCUUUCAUGGUAGGAGCAGGCCUCGCCCUGGGCAACUCUGAGUUUCAAGCGGAAAUCAUUCCAAUCGACCUGACGGUCAACACCCUCAUUGCCGUUGCUUGGGAACGAGCCACCGCGAAAGAUGUACAGGGAACGGUGGUGUACAACGCGGUGUCCCUUGAUUGCACGUGGAACGAGCUGAUUAAGAAAGGUAGUCAAGGCAAUCGAAAGUUUACAUAUCCGACUUUUGGAUUCCGUGGUAUGACAUCUUCGGCAGCCUUACAUUGGAUUCUAGUGAUGCUUUUUGAAUGGUUGCCAUCCGUGCUUUGCGACACGAUUCUCGGCCUCUGCGGAGCGAAGAAAAGGCUUCUACAGGAGCACCGGAAAGUUCGUAAUGCACUUCGAUCUCUUGAGUCAAUUUCAUGGAGGUCCUGGUCAGCAGAGAGGAAUCAUGUGUAUCAGCUCCAACAACGUCUCACCCCAGAAGACCAAGAUGCAUUUCCGGUUGCCACGGAAAUCGACAUCGAGAGUUACGUACUAUGCGCUGCCGCGGCCGCCAGGAAGCAUUGCGUCGACGAGGCCAAUAUCAGUCUCGUAAAAAUCUUUCGGCUACUUUUCUUCUUCCUAGUCGGGACUGCCAUCCUCUACUCGCUCUUCUUAUCUUCAUUCCACGUGAUCCCUCGACACGACGAACCACCGUGUUUCCUUUUCCGGCGUUCCUGUAACGAUGGUCCCGAGGAAAUAGAAUCGUCACCGACACGAUUAAUCUCCCAAUUACAAUGGAACAGCCAGCCAAUUCGGUGCAGCGCCGCGUUUGGUAAUCGUACCCCUCUCUAUUUUGCAAGAAAAUGA